AUGGAGGGCCUGAAGCUAACUUUUUUCUUUUCUUCCUUGUUUUUGAUCUUCAUCAUCACUUUCGGAGCAGACACAAUUAACAAGACACAGUCCAUUGCAGAUGGUGAGACCUUGGUUUCAUCAGGGGGAAGCUUUGAGAUGGGCUUCUUCAGCCCGGGGGGAUCCAAGUAUCGGUAUGUUGGAAUAUGGUACAGGAAGAUAUCAGCAAAGAAUGUUGUAUGGGUUGCCAACAGAGAUACACCACUUGCAGAUACAUCCGGUUCCUUAAAUCUCACCGAACCUGGAAUCCUUAUUCUUCUCAAUAGCACAAACAACAUUGUAUGGUCUACCAACGCCUCAUCGUUGUCGAGGAAUCCAGUUGCGCAGCUGCUGGAUUCAGGAAAUCUGGUUGUUAGAGAUGCAGAUGACAAUAACCCAGAUCACUAUUUCUGGCAGGGUUUUGAUUAUCCAUCUGAUACUCUUCUUCCGGGGAUGAAGCUGGGGCUGAACCUUACCUCUGGAUUGGAGCGCCACCUCACUGCAUGGAGGAGCUGGGAUGAUCCAGGAAGAAGUGAGUUCACUUUUCGUUGUGAUCAUCGAGGAUACCCACAACUAAUUCUGAGCAAUGGCUCUGUUGAUCUGUUCAGUUCUGGGCUGUGGAAUGGCCACCGGUUCACUGGAACACCCCACCUCAAGGAAAAUUCCAUCUACUCGUUUGGAUUGAUCAUGAAAGGGGAUGAGAUUUACUAUAGUUAUCAGCUCCGCAGCCCGGUUAUUUCGAGGGUUUUUCUGAGCCAGAAUGGUGUUCUGCAGCGGAAUACAUGGAUUGAUCGGACCCAGGAAUGGUCUCCUUACUUGACUUCACCAGCAGAUGAAUGUGAUUGGUUUAAACUCUGUGGUCCAUAUGGGAGCUGCAACAAUGAAAACAUUCCAGUUUGCAGGUGUUUGAUAAAAUUCGUGCCCAAAAACCAGCGGAUUUGGGACUCUGGAGAUUGGUCUGAUGGCUGUGAUAGGAGAGUACCAAUUAAAGUGAUGGAUUGCCGGAGUAAAGUUGGAUUUCUCAAGUACUCAGGCUAUAAAUUGCCGGAUACUAGGAAUUCCUGGUAUGACAGGAACAUGAGCCUGAGUCAAUGCAAGGAGCAGUGCUUGAACAACUGCUCUUGUAUGGCUUAUUCAAAUUUGGAUCUGAGAAAUGGUGGAAGUGGCUGCUUGCUUUGGUUUGAUGAGCUGGUUGACAUGAGAGAGGUGAGUGAAAAUGGGCAAGACAUCUACAUAAGGAUGGCUUCUUCUGAGUUGGAUGGACAAGGUGGCUUCAAUGACAAGAAAAGAAACAUUGUUAUUGUGAUAUUUGCAUUAUUAAUUGGACUUUUGCUGCUGGGUAUGAGCCUAAAGUUGGAACUCAGGAAAAGGAAGAAUUCACAGCUGAAGAUGGAAGGAAGUAUAAUGCUUAGCACUAGACAAGGUUAUACUGACAAAACUGAGAAGGAUGAUCUAGAGUUACCAUCGUUUGAAUUAGCUAUACUAGCUAGUGCCACAAAUAACUUUUCAUUUAACAAUAAGCUUGGGGAGGGUGGAUUUGGACCAGUCUACAAGGGUAUGCUGGAAGGAGGACAAGACAUAGCUGUGAAGCGGCUAUCAAAAUAUUCUAGCCAGGGAUUUGAUGAGUUCAAGAAUGAAGUUAUCUGCAUUGCCAAACUUCAGCACCGGAAUCUUGUGAAGCUUCUGGGAUGCUGCAUUCAAGGAGAAGAAAAGAUGUUGAUCUAUGAAUACCUGCCAAACAAAAGCUUGGACUACUUUAUUUUUGAUCAACUGCAAAGCAGGCAACUGGAUUGGUCUAGACGGUUCAACAUUAUUAAUGGGAUUGCCCGAGGGGUUCUCUAUCUUCAUCAAGACUCCACACUAAGAAUUAUUCACCGAGAUCUUAAAACUAGCAAUAUCUUGCUAGAUAGUGAAAUGAAUCCAAAAAUAUCAGACUUUGGAAUGGCUAGAAGUUUCAGGGGAAAUGAGACAGAAGCUAAUACAAAUAGGGUUGUGGGGACUCAUGGCUACAUGUCUCCAGAGUAUGCAGUUGACGGUCUAUUUUCAGUAAAAUCGGAUGUUUUCAGCUUUGGUGUGUUGAUGCUGGAGACCAUAAGUGGGAAGAGAAAUAGAGGCUUCUUUCAUCCAGAUCACCACCUCAACCUCCUUGGACAUGCAUGGAGCCUCUUCAAAGAAGACAGAUCAAUGGAAAUUAUAGAUGAGCCGCUAAAGGAAUCGUGCUACUUGUCUGAAGUGAUCCGAUCAAUCCAUGUGGGCCUUCUGUGCGUGCAAAGAAGUCCGGAUGACUGGCCGAACAUGUCAGCAGUGAUGCUGAUGCUAGGCAGUGACGGGGUGUUGCCGGAGCCAAAGCAACCUGUUUUUUUCACGGAAAGGAAUCUGCUCAACACCAUUUCCAUGUCGAGCAAGGAUGCAUUGGCUUCAGCCAAUGAAAUCACCAUUACUCUGUUAAGUGCUCGAUAGAAUUAGAAUCAUGCCCUGUUGAUUUCUAUAUCUCCAAUGCAAACAUUUUUGC